UCCUCGUCAUUUCCUCUUUGCCCGGCGCCCUCGCUCCGUGCUGGUGUAGGAUGCAGAGCUGCUGCUGAUUCGGUUCGCUUUAACCUGUUUCCCUCCUGUUUUUGCUGGAGGAGCGAGUCUGUGUCCGCGCAGCGCACUUCCCCCGUCUCUCCCGUGCACUCACCCGCAGGAGGCGCGUCGCUGUGCCGCAGCAGCCAUGCCCAACAUCGUGCUCUUCAGCGGGAGCUCUCACCACGACCUGUCCCAGAAAGUGGCGGACCGCCUCGGGCUCGACCUGGGAAAAGUGAUCACAAAGAAGUUCAGCAACCAGGAGACUUGUGUCGAGAUAGGUGAGAGUGUACGAGGGGAGGAUGUGUACAUUGUACAGAGUGGCUGCGGAGAGAUCAACGACAACCUGAUGGAGCUGCUGAUCAUGAUCAACGCUUGCAAGAUCGCCUCUUCGUCCCGUGUCACAGCUGUCAUCCCCUGCUUCCCCUAUGCCCGGCAGGACAAGAAGGACAAGAGUCGUGCACCCAUUUCUGCGAAGCUGGUUGCUAACAUGUUGUCAGUCGCUGGAGCAGACCACAUCAUCACCAUGGAUCUCCAUGCUUCCCAGAUCCAGGGCUUUUUUGACAUUGCUGUGGACAACCUGUAUGCAGAACCUGCAGUUCUUCAGUGGAUCCGAGAGAACAUUCCAGAGUGGAAAAACUGCAUUAUUGUGUCACCAGAUGCAGGGGGCGCUAAAAGGGUGACGUCUAUUGCUGACCGGCUCAACGUUGAGUUUGCACUCAUCCAUAAAGAACGUAAGAAGGCCAAUGAAGUGGACCGCAUGGUCCUGGUGGGAGACGUUAAGGACCGUGUGGCCAUCCUUGUGGAUGACAUGGCUGAUACGUGUGGAACCAUCUGCCAUGCUGCUGAUAAGCUGAUCUCUGCUGGUGCGAUAAAGGUCUAUGCCAUCCUCACCCACGGCAUCUUCUCUGGACCCGCUAUCUCGCGCAUCAACAAUGCCCCCUUCGAGGCUGUUGUGGUCACCAACACCAUUCCACAAGAGGAAAAGAUGAAACAGUGUCCCAAAAUUCAGGUCAUCGACAUUUCAAUGAUUUUGGCGGAGGCCAUUCGGAGAACCCACAAUGGUGAAUCGGUCUCAUACCUCUUCAGCCACGUACCAUUGUAAAGACAAGCAGAGAAGAACCUUCUUCCUCCAUCACCAACCGUUCCAGUAUCAUUCCUCUGUGGGAGUCUGAAGAGUGAAUUAUGUUUGGUAGUCAUUAGCAAACAGAUGGCUCUUCUAAAGCCUCACAACCUAAUUCUCUUAUCAUUCCCUUAAAACAUCUUUAAGAUGAUCUGCAGGUUUAUUUAUGUAGGGUUUUUAAUUGCUGACCCCCCCCCCACCUGUCACAAUCAUUUGCCUUUUUGCAAAUUUCACUUUAAUUUUGUACCUUAAUCUUUUCCUUUUUUUUUUGUUUUACCAUAAGAAAAGACACUUUUCUUCUCCAUAUAUCUGAAUAGAUUGGGUUAGUCAUUAUACUACAGACAGAUCUUUGCAAUCUUUCCCAUUGGAUUCUCAUUAGCUGUUCAGUGUUAACUACAUUUGGGCUCCCAGAGGAAGGGGAAAGUGAACAUCACUAUAGAGAUCUUCACCAAUUUGUGAUCGUCUUGGUUACCAGUGUUUUGGUAAACUGGUAAAAUUACACACAUUUCUGCUGACCUCAAAUAUUAACAGGUGGAGUAUAAUCUUCUGUUAUUUGUUAGCUACAUUAGCUAACAAAUAAUGUGAAAAGCUAUAGAAGCAAAUAUUUAGGCAUUUGAGUGCGGGGGAAACUGCCUAAAUUUGAUGACUUCGAUUACCCUCUUAUGUAAUAAUUAAAGAAGCCACGUGUAAGAAACGGUUAAAAGUUCAUGUGAGUUCUGCUGCUGUCUUUUAUUAUACAGUAAAUGUUCUCAAAUGCAAACCUUAAUGUACAUUUACCCUUAUUGGCUGAUUUUUGGUUUUAUCUUGCUUUUUUCCUUUUCUCUUUUCUUUCAAGAAACAUGGCGUGACAGAUGGAGGUAUUUCACAAAGCAGGAUUUCUCAGUUAAAGUGGAUGAUUUCAAAUGAAAGCGUUAAAUGUCCAAGGCUUGGUCAUACUGAGACUGAUUGAUAUAUGUGGACAAUAAACGCAUGUCACGCAAUCACAUUUUGUA